AUAGCCUGUGGAAUGAUGUUGAAUGAGGGCAGGAUCGGGCGCAGGAUAAGGUAUCGAUAGUUGUUUUGAUUGGAGGGGAGUCCGGAGUUUCUUGACGCACAAAUAUUUAUUGGUUGGUGGUAGUUGUUAUUUAUUCUUUCCUCCAAAAGCAACUCAUCCUGCUCCCGGUAUCUUUAUACUCCACUACACAGGCACACUUGUCUCGUCUUUGUGUUUUGCGUACUGAGUCCUGAGCCAGGAAGGUGCCAGUAAAUCACUAUGUCCAUGUGAAGACGCCUGAGCAGCCUCCCAUUGUCCACACGGUGAAAGUGAUGACUCCUGCAAAAACAUACUCGUGCGAUGGCCUCGGCGAUCAACCAGAUCCAAGCUGGAGUGAGAAGCAUACCCGGUGGUGCUGCUACAAGUAUGGUUCGUUCUGCCCGAAGACGGUGGUCGAUAAGAACACCUACCACACUGUGGUAAAGACACAGCCUGUGCGCGUACCGGUACCCGAGCCCAUGCCCACGCAUGCUCCCAUUGUGAAGACCAUCCACCACACCUACCACGUGCCAAGCCCACCUCAGUAUGUGCAUGUACCAGUGCCCGGACCCACUGUCGUGAAGCCUGUUGUUGUGCCGGAAUCCGUGCCUGUUCCUGUGCCACAACCACCCAAGGUGAUUAACGUGAAGAAACCCUACACGGUGCACGUUCCUGGCCCCAAUCACUACGUGCACGUGCCCAUCCCUUCUCCACCACACAUUGUGACAAAGUACCACACCAAGUGGAACACUGUGGUGGACCACGGCGAUUCGACUUCUACUUACGACUGCGACACCGGAGCCGAUGAUGAUUGGCAUUCACUUUGGUCACAUGCCAAGCAGCGUUGGUGCUGCAGCCACAAAUUCGUGGGCUGCCCUGGAAGCGUUUCGACUGGUCUUGACUCCUUGGGUUCGACACUUGCUGGCGACAGCUUGGCCUCGAGCUUUGGCUCCGAUUACGGAUCUCUGGGCUCAUCCAGCUUGACCUCGGGCGCUUCCGAUUCCGAUUUGAGUGCAUCUACUUUGUCCUCCGGUGCCUUGAGCUCGUCUGACUUCUCCUCAGAUUUGAGCGGAUCUACUCUGUCCUCCGGUGCCUUGAGCUCGUCUGGCUUCUCUUCUGGCUUGAGUACCCUCGGAGACGACACGCUUCCACUCAAGAAAUGAGCCAAUCAUUGGAGUCAUUGGACUUCAUUGGAAGACUUGCGCUGAUUUGGUGGACAGCGUGCGGCUGAGCACUGUCCUUUGGCCUGCAUACCUGGAAGUGAAGCGGCUGGGCCCUUGAUUAAUUCCUUUGUGCCACGAGCAAGCGUACCCUUUUGUCGUUAAGACGAUGCAGCAAUUCAAUUAGUCAUAAUUUAAUAAUUAGCUACUGUUUUGGAAUCUUAAGAAUCUGAAGGAUAACCUUGGAGACUUCACCUUUGCUUUUUGACCUUUUUGCCCGGCUGCUCGAUUUGCUUCCUUGCAUUGCAUGCUUGGGAGAGCUAUGCAGCAGAGUGAAACAGAAUUAUAUAUAAAGAUGUGCAGUGCAGCACACUACGUUGAACUGAUUUGUUUGGCUUUCUUGAACUUGCAAGGGAUUGACGAUGUUGUCACUCUCGGAGCACUGCCUGCAACCGCAUCGCUUUGGCUAGACAGACAGACUUUAUGGAGCUUCGAGCGGCUUGGUUCGGCAACUUGCGCGUGGCCAGCCACAGCGAAUCUAGAAGCUUUAAACACUACGGUGAGUUGUUUAAUCGUUGCUGUUACUUCCAGGUUCCAUGCUUUGUGUCAACCUUCCAAGCCGAGCCAAAGGUGACUCAAGAAGUAGCAUCAACAAGGAUCAAUAGCCCCACCACUGAUAGAUUGAAGUUGAGCAGACCACGCGACUGGUGUACUGGGUAAAGGCAUUUGACCCUCGCAGUUAAACCAUGUUAAACUGAUGGAAGAUGGAAGGGCGCGCCGGGCGCGCUCAGACAGCGGAAGUCUGUCCGUGUGUGUGUGUGUGUUAAACGAUAUUAUAGAAAUUAUCAGUGUUGAACGGAAUUACAUGGAAUUACUGUACCCAGUGCUUUUGUACAACCAGUAGACACAGGUUUUCUAAACCUUCUGCAAUCCUUGCACGAGUGGAGCGCACAUAGUUUGCAAAACCUUUUGAUCUUAUGUGUUUGCAAACAUUGUUCGGAGUUGCGAACAACUUAGCAUACUUACCAGCUUACCCACUUUGGGGGUUUGCAAGGGAUAUUUGUUUCGACAAUAGCUACACUUCUCACUCGACGUGUGGUUUUGACGUGCUGAUCACCCCCCAUUCUGGGCUUCCCAGGUCCCGCAAAAGUUACCCACGCAACAUUGAUCACAGUGAUUACAUUGUUUGUUGUCAUGGAGUCAUCGCCUUUAGCUUUGGUUUUUGUGCAAAACCGGUGGCCUUCGCAAGUUGCUAGGGCCUGACCUCAUCGAUUUGGAGCCAGGUGAUGCCAGGUGUUUCAAAGCAAUGCACGA